AUGUCUUCGAUUAAUAAUAUUUCAAAACGUUUUGCAUUAAUUUUAAUUGAUCCUCAAAAUGGUUUUGUCAAUGAUGGUUGUUGGUCUCGAAUGUUUCCAAUAGGACAAUCAACACCUAUUCUUGAAACUUUUAAUCGUAUUGCUUCAUUCCUACAUUCAAUAUCAAAUCCUGAUUCAAUUCCAAUAUUAAUCAGUGAAACAGGUUUUUCUCAUUAUGAUCGACAAAUAUUUGAACCAAUAAAUAAUGAAUUAUCUCAACGUAAAUUUCAUUCUAUAACUCAUACCUUUAAACCUCAUACAAAUCUUUCAAUAUGUCCAGGUGUUCAACAAUGGUUAAAUGAACAAUUAGAAGCUAAAUUAGAUAUUGUUAUUGGAGGAUGUACUAUUACAUCAUGCGUACGGGAUUCAUCCAUACAAAUGAAAAAAAAAUUUCCACAAUUAAAUUUUUUAUAUAUGAAUUAUGCUUUACCACCUAUUGAACAAUGUGAAAAUUGUUUGAAAAAAGAUUCUAAUCAACAAAUUAUAUCACCUGUUCAAUUAGCGUAUCAACAAAUGAAAGAUGCAGGAAUCAAUAUUAUUAAGAAUUCUAUUUUAAUAAAUCAAUCACUUUAA